AUGGUGGUUCUUGUCAGCAGACUUCACACCAGUAGAGCCUCUGACGACUGCCUUCCAAGCUUUCCCUCCGAGUCUCUUUCACUUCUAGUCAUAACCAUGGGUCGUAAGUUCAUCGUCGGAGGCAACUGGAAGUGCAACGGCACCCAGGAGUCUAUCAAGAAGCUUGUCGGGGUGCUCAACGCCGCCACUGUUCCCAGCGGCGAUGUCGUCGAGGUCGUCAUUGCUCCUCCCGCCGUCUACAUUCCUCUCGUGAAGGCCGAGCUGCGCAAGGAUUUCGCUGUCGCUGCUCAGAACGCCUGGGUCAGCAAGGGCGGUGCUUUCACCGGCGAAGUGAGCGCUGAAAUGCUCGUGGAUCUCGACAUUCCCUGGGUCAUCCUUGGCCACUCCGAGCGGAGAACCCUCAUCAAGGAGUCCAACGAGUUCGUUGCGGACAAGGUCGCGUACGCCCUGAGCAAGGGCCUGAAGGCCAUUGCAGAUAAGAUCACCAAGUGGGACGAUGUCGUUCUCGCGUAUGAGCCCAUCUGGGCCAUUGGUACCGGCAAGGUCGCGACGCCUGCUCAAGCCCAGGAGACGCAUGCUGACAUCCGCAAGUACAUCGCUGAGAACGUCAGCCCUGAUGUGGCGGCUGCUAUCCGGAUUCAAUAUGGAGGCUCUGUGAACGCUGCUAACUGCAAAGAGCUCGCCGCUCUUCCUGAUGUCGAUGGCUUCCUUGUUGGUGGAGCUGCUCUCAAGCCUGAGUUUGUUGACAUUAUCAACUCUGCUACCUCUUCUUCGUAG